AUGGCAAACUCGACAAGUAAUCCUGCUAUCAUCAUGGCUAAAGACGAUAAUUCUGUUUCUGGUCAGCACAAACAAUCCCUGCAAAACCACCGUUCUAAACAAACGAAUAAGAACCAGAAAAGACAAAAUAGACAAAGUCGGUACGAUCAUUCUAAUGACCACGAGUUGAAUAUUAUUGAAUCACAAUUGAAGAAUGGGAAGAAGGUCAAGGGCUCCAAAAAUCAAAUCUCGAUCAACCAUUUAUUAGAAUUCCAGUCAUACCGCGAUCUGGAAGAAUAUCGCAGCAAUCAGCAACGGAACAGAAGACGUAGAAGCAGUAGUCAUAAGAGGCCGUAUUCUCACAAUAAGAUUCAAUUAACGGGGAUGAGGUUUAUAAACGUUAACUUUAAAUUUGUUGUUGAUGGUCGGAAAGAUUAUAGAGUCCAAGAAUUAGAUCCAAAUGUCCCUGUUGAUACGGACGAUAUUAUCCGAAUCAUUGCUCCACGGGGGAAUUCGUGCCCAAUUUGUUUGACUGAUGACUUUGUAGCACCCAGAAUGAUCACUUCGUGCGGUCAUAUUAUUUGUUUGAAAUGUGUCCUAUCCUUGUUGGGUAAUGAAGUUCCGCAGGCUAAAAAGAGAGAAUCUGCGGCCAUUGUGGAAAAAUAUCGAGAAUGCCCGUUAUGUUUUUCUAUCAUUAGAAAGCAUGAACUAAAACCUGUUUUGAUGAACAAUGUCGAUGAGCGGUUUGAAGUUCCAAAAGUUGGCGACGAAGUGGUAAUGACCCUUAUGGCUAGACCGAUGGAUCAAAUAUUAGCUUUGCCUAAAUUGUUGGCAUUUGAUAGUCAUAUUAGAGGUUUUCCUGAUACAAAACAGUUUGAGCUUUUGCCGUAUCUGAGAAUAUUUAGAGGAGACUCGCAAUAUAUACUUGAAAUGUAUGAAGAAGAGAAAAGAGAUAUCAUGGCUGCCUAUGAAGAAGAGAAGUUGGUGUAUGGUGAUGACUCCAGUUUGGUUGCUGAGUCAAUUGCUUAUAUUGAUAAAGAGGUUGAACAGUGGAACAAUAAAUUGUUGCAAAAUGUUGUGAAGGAGCCAAAUCCUUCUCACACUACGGAUAAUAGUCAUUCAAUUUACUAUUUCUAUGAAACUGGGUUCAAUGCGGGCUGUACGUACGUAUUGUCACCAUUGGAUAUGAAAGUUUUGAAGACAACCUAUAAUGAUUAUGCAACGUUGCCUUCAUCAUUAGUUGCCCAGAUCGAGAACAUUAGAUAUGAAGAAUUGACUGCUGAAACUUCAAUGAACAGGUACAAAUAUUUGAGCCAUUUGCCUUUGGGUUCUGAAAUAGGAUUUUUAGAAUGUGAUUGGAGCAAUAGUGAAUUCACUAGUACCGAAACUUGGGAGAUUUUUAAAGAUGAUUUGUUGAAGAGAUCAAAUAAUUCAAAGAGAAAGUUGCGAAAAGAAGAGAGGGAUAAGAAACGAGCAAUGAAUGAAGAGGAAACAAGAACUAGAAAUUUCUUUUUACACGAAAAUGGUGAAGCCGAAAUUGAACAAGGUUAUUCUACUUUAGGCUUUGGCAGUUUAAGUAUUGUGGAUAAUAGGGACUUACCGGCAUUAUCUGACCAACAUGUGUCAACCGAGUCUGAAAAAGAGUAUGAAACAACGGUAUGGGGUACUCGUAUACCAAAGAAUGAAGCGGUUUCUUCUCAAUCAGCAAUCGAAGACGAUGACUGGGAGGCAGAAGAGAUGAUUCGUAAAGCAAAGGAGGAGAUGUCAAGACAAGAGCAAGCUGGGGGUGGUAAAAAGAAAAAGAAAAAGAAGUUAGUUUUGUUGUCGUCAUAA